AUGGCCUCGACCAGCUACUCCGCUCUGUGUUCUUCCCCAGCCCCGCCGACGAGGCCAUCCCCCUCGCGCAACCAUCUCCCCUUCCCCUGCUGUUUGCUCAGCCUCAGCCGCAGAAAUCCCCGCCCGACGCCACCAAUUGCUCGACCGAAUGCCAAACUAUCCGUUUUAGUUGCCAAAGCCUCCAACACGGCGGCUCAGGAAGAGGAUAAAUACGAAGAGUACGAGGUGGAAUUGUUGCAGCCGUACGGGCUCAAGUUCGCAAAGGGCAGAGACGGAGGGACCUACAUUGAUGCAAUUGCACCAGGAGGAUCUGCCGACAUGACCGGCAUGUUCUCUGUCGGAGAUAGAGUGCUGGCCACCAGUGCAGUUUUUGGGGAAGAAGUAUGGCCUGCUGCCGAGUACGGGAGAACAAUGUACACGAUCAGACAAAGAAUUGGGCCCUUGCUCAUGAAAAUGCAGAAAAGAUAUGGAAAAGUGGAUGAUACGGGUGAAUUAACGGAAAAGGAAAUCAUCAGAGCCGAGAGAAACUCUGGUGUUGUUAGCAACAGAGUGAGGGAAAUCCAAAUGCAAAAUUACUUGAGGAAAAAGGAGCAAAAGGAACAGAGAGAGAAAGACCUUCGCGAAGGGUUGAAGCUCUACAAGAGUGGUAAAUAUGAAGAGGCUUUGGGAAAGUUUGAGUCGGUUUUGGGAUCAAAACCGGAGUCAAAUGAAGCUGCAGUAGCAAGUUAUAACGUAGCUUGUUGUUAUUCAAAGCUCAAUCAGAUACAAGCUGGGCUAUCGGCUCUCGAGGAUGCUAUGGAAGCAGGAUUCGAAGAUUUUAAGAGAGUCCGGACGGACCCAGACCUCGAAAACAUCAGAAAGUCGCAAGAUUUCGAUCCUCUUUUGAAGAAAUUUGACGAAUCAUUUAUCAAUGAGAACGCGAUCAACGCUAUCAAAUCUCUGUUUGGAUUCAACAAGAAAUAA